UCAAAAAAAACACAUAGAUAAACUCUUUAGAAGUAAAUAGAAUUAGAAACCUCCGACUCCUUGAUGAAGUUCACAAGAACCCAUCAGCAACCCCCUUCCAUCUUUCAAAAUCAUUCAUGAGUCCAUUCAAUUGAGUGCAUCUUUGCCUCUUCCACAGGGAACUCAAACUACCCACAUCCCUAGCUAGCUAUAGCUUCUCUUUCUCUCAUAAAUUGCUAUUAGUGUUCCCUAUCAUAUAUGCACCAUUGAUCAAUCUCUAUGUUGUCUCACAACAUAGCAUCAAAACAGGCUAACAAAGAUGAUAGUCAAAGCACGGGUGGUGGCGGUGGUGGUGGAAAUGGUGGGAAGAAAACGGCAUCGUUAAGGGCACCAGAACAAAACCUCAAGUGCCCAAGAUGUGAUUCACCCAACACGAAGUUCUGCUAUUACAAUAACUAUAACCUCGCUCAGCCUAGACACUUUUGCAAGGCUUGUAGAAGAUACUGGACUAAAGGUGGGGCUCUUAGAAAUGUUCCCAUAGGGGGCAGUUGUAGAAAGAACAAGAAGACAAAAUCUUGUUCCUCGAGGUUUUUUGUAGGGGAGCCUUCCUCCAAAGGCUCGUCUUCGGAUAUCGGAGGGAUGAAAUUUUAUGGUCUUUCUGCCAUGGAUUCCGGGAUACACUUUCCUCCUAGAGUUACAACCACUAACCAUUUCUCUUCUUCGUAUGGCGAAACAGUUAAUCCUUCCUUUGUAAAUCUUGAUCCAUUAGGGUUUAAUUUCGCGUUUUCAUCGUCUCACAUUACGAUGAAACAAGGACAUCAUCAUCAUCAACAACAACAACAACAACAACAGCAUAAUCAAAGUGGAGGAGGGUUAUUAAAUUUUCAUGAAACUAUGGGCACAGCUAACAAUCUUCUUCAUAAUACUGGUCUUGCUUCUUCCAUAGAAUCUUUAAGUUCUAUAAACCAAGAUUUGCAUUGGAAGCUGCAGCAACAAAGACUGACUAUGUUGUUCGGUGGCGAUGGUGGUGGCGGCAGUGGUGGUGGCGGAGAGAACGGUCAGCAACAGCAGAGAAAACAAGGUUUUGUUGAACCACAUGCUCAGAAAUUACAACCCAUUUUGUUUCAGAACCUUGAGAUUUCAAAGCCAGCACAGUCUUCUAUGGAUGGUGAUUCGAGAAAAGAUACCGGUGAUGGAAAUGGUGGUGGUGGUUUGGCGACGGAGUGGUUCUUUGACGACAGUUAUGCACCGGCUAAUGUGAAUCACGCAACUCCAACGGGUAGCAACAGCGCAGGGAAUGAUCAAAGUGGAAGCAUAAACAACUGGAAUGGAAUUGAAGAUUGGAAUACUUUGAAGCAGUACAGCUCAAUUCCAUAGUACGUAGCAUUUGAAGAUUCACAGACAAAGAGAACAACACUAUAUUAAUUAAGGUAGCCUAUUUUCUUUUUUCUUUUUAUAUGUUGGUUUUUAAAUUUUAACCAAGUAUCGUAAGAUGAGGAUGAUUAUCAAGUUCUCUUUGUAUAAUUGAACUUAUGUUAUUUUCAUUGUUUUAAGUGUAUCCGUAUUGAAUUACAAAUAUUUAACAUGUAUCCUUUCUAAUUA